GGUGAUAUGCUGCAGCACCAAAGAGUUUUUGGAUUUCCUCUGAACUUCUGCCUUGUUCUUAUCAACCAGUGGUUCUCAACCUUUGACUUGAAGGCCACCCAUUGUCCAACACAAUAUUCAAGAGCCCUAUUAUUGGCUAUUUUCUCUGGUAUUUUGUUUUUAUUCAUGACAAUGUUGCUUGUUUUUAACAAGUUUAACAGAAAUAAUUAGAUACGCUUAAUUUUGUGAUAAGAUUCCAGAUUCUGUUUUGUUUUGUUUGUUAUUAUUCAUUAACACUUCUUGAUUUAAAUGUGUUUUUUUUAUUAUUUUAAUCAUUUUAAGUAAUCUUUUGGCUUUUCUGGAAGUUUGCGGAGGCUCCCAGUAGGCCCCUGGUUGAAAACCACUUCUCUAUUACGGUCAAAGCAAGUUACUUUUGUUCACAUUAGUUCAGUGAUGUCAAAGGGCUUGUUUUAAAAUAUGAGUCUUUAUAAUGUAAAAGGUUUUAUUCUGACCAAGAAAUUGUCCUUGUGUUCAGCAGCUUAUAUUUACAAUUUAUAUUUGAUGUAUUGUUAUCUGAAGAUUUACUGUAUUUCUGCUACAGCUUUCUCUGAUCAGUUUCGGGUGACAGCGUCCUCAGCAUCAGUUCAGAAAGACUCAAGCACAGCACAGAUGAGACAUGAUGCACGAGACACACCGUCUGAUUUGAGUGAGAAUGAGCGGCCGGACAUUAGAGUCAGCUAUGAUUCUCAAACGGGUGAAUAUAGAAUUCUCUGUGAAAUACCAGGAUCAGAUAACGGCGGUUAUACUUGUUUUCUUUCUCUUGGAGAUGAAUAUCCACAAUUUAAAAAGAUACAAUCUCAUGAACUGUCUGGAAAAACACUAUGUCGUUUUACAGUCUUGGAAUAUGAAUUUUCAAAUAAUCUGAAGUCAGUCGAGAAUAAAGUAGUGAGCUGCAGUUAUUCUCCAAAAAACGCACCAUCCAAACAAUCAUAUAGUGAGAAAUUCAACCUAACAGUUUUUUUCCCUGUGAAAAUUCAGUCACCACCAACAACAAAGGGAACAUUAUAUUCAACACCAACUUUCAAUGCUACAACCAAUUCUACAACAACAGAGCCAAAAGCAGCUGUGGCUACAGAAUCCAGUUCUUGUUGUGAGACCACGAUAAACCCUACAACUGAAACUAUACAUCCUUCACAACUUCUCAGUGUCAUAAGGAACACAACACCGGUUUCAACUCCUGGUGAAAAUGCUGUCCAUACACCAACAACAAAAACAUGGCUCAUCCUGACGAUGGCAACCACAAGCACAGGGAUUUUCCUGACCGGACUCAUGGGCAUCUGUCUGUGCUGCAUCAGACUGCAACCAAGGAAGAAGAGCCCCGUGAAUACUUCUGUGGCAGCCAUUUCCCAGACCCCAGAUGAUAUUGAUGCCAGAGAGGAACAUUCUGAAGAAAAUGGGAUGAAACUGGACCACGUGUACUGCACCAUUCCUGAUGUCGCUGCAGACACUCAUGUGUUAUACAGUCUGGCACAAAUGCCAAACCAUCCUCUGCCAGUUUAAUUCUAUAAUAGUUACACUAAUUGACAUUAAAAGAGAAUGUGGAUGUUUCAAUCAAACAAUUUUGUUUUUCUAAUAAUCAAAAACAAAAAGCAAUGCCAGAAAAAGUGAUGUCAUAUAUUGUUGGUGUAUUAAUGGCAUGAAUGUUUUAACUUCAUCACAGCUGUACAUUACACUUACACACACACACACACACACACACACACACACACGUACGCACACACGCACACAGUGUUUGUGGUCAGUAUGUAGGACACGCUACUGUACAUACAUACCCAGCCUCUCACUUCUCCCUUAAACUUUUCUUUGUACAUCAGACCAGUGACAAUCUGUCAUUUAAUACGAACAUUUUAACCACAUGGUUUUAGUCAUUAAUGCUUGAAUUUGUGCAUUGUUGCUCUUUUUUAAAGCCAAAGGACAUCAAACAUUAUUUCAUUACUCGAACAUUACAAAGAAGCUGUUUCCCCCCCUCAAAGUGAAGCUGCUGGUCAAUGAACAAUAUAACUAUUCAAACAGAAACACAGAAUUUGUACAAAAUCCUUGCAUUUGCAUUUAAUCAUACAAAAUACCACAUUAUCAGAAUAAAAAUAGACCCCCCCCCCAAAAAACAAACAAACAAACAAACUAAGAUAUAGAAGUAUUAUAUAUUCACCCUUUCUAUCACUCCACUUCAGGUGACUGUGUUUAUAUUUAUAUAUUUGUGACCCUGGACCACAAAACCAGUCAUACAAUGUAAGUAGCACAGGUAUAUUUGUAGCAAUAGCCAAAAAUACACUGUAUGGGUCAAAAUUAUUGAUUUUUCUUUUAUACCAAAAAUCAUUAGGAUAUUAAGUAAAGAUCAUGUUCCAUGAAGACAUUUUGAAAAUUUUCUACUGUAAAUAUAUUAAAACUUACUUUUUGAUUAGUAAUAUGCAUUGCUAAGAACUUCAUUUGGACAACUUUAAAGGUGAUUUUCUCAACAUUUAGAUUUUUUUGCACCCUCAGAUUCUAGAUUUUCAAAUAGUUGUAUUUCAGCCAAACAUUGUCCUUCUUUAUUCAGCUUUCAGAUUACGUAUAAAUCUAAAUUUCAAAAUAUUGACCCUUAUGACUGGUUUUGUGGUCCGGGGUCACAUUUCUAAAAUAUUCAGCUCAUUAUAAAGGUUCAGUCUUACGGUAAGUUAGCUCUGUUGUUUUAUAUAUUUUCAAACACUGCAUGUUUACAUAUAUUGUGAAAAGUUUUAUUUUAUCAUGUCUGAUUAGUGUAUGUGAAUUUUCAGCAUGAAAUAAGAUAGACCUUUCAAAUUUUAAUAAAAUGUAAGUGUAUGUUUUUCUUUGACCAUUAUACAUAAGGCCUUGAAUUGCAGUGUAACAGCACAAUUGAGAUAACUAAUUCACUAAAUGCAAUCUGACUUUACGCUGCAAAACUCUGCAAAAGAGGAUUUAGCUUGUGCGAAGUUUGUUUGAGCAAUACAACAUGAAAAAAUAAAACAGCUUUUGAUUAAAAAACUAAUGGAACUAACUGGAAAAUGAACAUUGCUAACAAUGAGUUACUAACUUGUUUGUGGUGACAUGUAGAAUGUCAUACCAGUUUAAAGGAACGACAUUUAUCUAUCUAUCUAUAUAUAAUAUUUAUUAAUAUGCAGACUCACAGCUUGCAAGACUUUUUUUUUUUUGACAGCCAAAUGUUGCAUGAAUUAAAAGCACAACUUUCCCACUGUGAUAUCCGUUUCUUGUACAAUUAUUAAAAUCAAACUCUAAAAGACAAAACUGAAAUAGUGACACUGGUUAGCUGAGUCAAUGAAAUGAAAUACAUUUUAAAACUGUAGCCUAUAUACAAUGGAAACGAUCUGCAUGUGAACAGAUUAUUUUGUUGUUGUAUUUCCAAACUUUUCGUAUAUUCUGGCAGCUUUGCUUGGGUAGGUGAUUUAAAAUUGUAAUAUCUAGGCCUGGGAAUGAGGUCAUGUAUUAUCUUAAAUGCACCUUGUGAUGUUUCAACAGCGACCUCUACUGUUGAAGCUUUGGCAACUGCCACAGGAACUUCUGUUUGGACUCUCAUUCUGACGGCACCCAUUCACUGCAGAGCAUCCAUUGGUGAGCUAGUGAUGUAAUGCUAAAUUUAUCCAAAUCUUUUCCCAUGAAGAAACAAAUUCAUCUACAUUUUGGAUGGACCGAAGAGAAGCGAAGAAUAUAAAAGUCAGUUCAUCAUGUGAGCUGGAUCUCUCUGGUGCUGAAGUGCUCGGAUGGGCAGCUGUAAAAUCACCUGAAAAUACCACUUUCAGUCCGAGCUGAUUUCAUCUGUAGUCUCUACACUGAGGAUGAUGAUCUUCUGUAUCAGCGUGUUUCUCAGAGGACUCAGUCUGGAGGGAGUCAGUGUAUGUUUUAUUUAAGUCGUAGUGAACUCUUCACACGAUCAGUGAACAGCAGACACCUGAUCUGUGUUUAUUCACUCAAGACUCAACCUGAGAUCAGAUCACCACACAGUGACACAUACACCAUCAGAGCGGUUUCACCACCACCAUCAACCACCACUGAACAAACUACAGCAGCAAUGAAAACCUAUAUCCAAUCCAAGACAAAGCGGCCAAGCAUGACAAAGGAAACCAUGACAGCCUCUGUUCUGCCAGACUCAACCAGAGAGACAGAAACAUCUGUUCCUCACACUGUUCACACUCACUCUGAAGAUUCAUUGCUUAAUUUCUGUCUGGACUCAUAGGAUUCAUCUGUCUGUGCUGCUUUACCAGUUCUGCUGAUGUUCUCACAGAGCUGAACACCUCCUGUCAGCUGGAAACAACAUCUCUAUUAACUUUCUCCGUGUGCUCCUCAAAACAUGAAUGACCUGUUUACUUUCUUCACUUGUUGCACAUUAAAUCUAAUUUCUAUAGUUUUUACACUUUUUAAUCAGCUAUUUUAAUAUACACAUGAACACAGGUUCUAACAAUAAACUUCAU